CAUUAACCAUGCUCUCCGUUAUCGUCUUAAUUCUCUCCUUCUCUUUUCCCUCAAAUAUUCUUCCCCUACCAAUAUCAAGUUUUCGAAGACUUGAUUUACCACUAACUUCUGUUGGUCCUGAAGCCAUAACCUUUGACCGUUUUGGAGGAGGACCUUAUACAGGCAUUUCUGAUGGCAGAGUUGUCAAACAUAAUGGAUCUACCUUCAUAGAAAUAUUCAUUACUUCACCAAAUAGGACCAGUUUAGAGUGUGACGGAACCAAUAAUCCAGCAACACUAGGGGUUACUUGUGGUAGACCAUUUGGUGUCGGCUUUUAUUUCCGAGAAAAUCAGUUGUUCAUCGCAGAUGCUUAUCGAGGACUACUUGUUGGAGUUCUGGGGAAAAAGCUUGCAGUUCCAAUUGCCACUGGCGCAGAAGGGGUACCCUUCAAAUUUCCCAAUGCCUUGGAUGUUGACCAACUAACCGGAGACGUUUAUUUCACAGAUGCAAGCGCUAGAUUCUCUCUAAGCCAAAUUCAAGAAGCCGUUGCCACAAAUGAUAGUACAGGAAGGUUACUAAAAUACGAUCGGAGAACGCAACAAGUGACCGUGCUGCUAAAGAAUCUCUCCGGCGCCGCAGGUGUUGCGAUCAAUGCAAAUCGAACAUUUGUUCUUGUCUCGGAGUUCAUAGCCAAUAGAAUCACAAAAUUUUGGCUGCGCGGUCCAAAUGCUUUUAAGUCACAAGUUGUCGCGACCUUUCAAGGAAUGCCGGAUAACAUUAAGAGGACGCCGUCGGGAGAUUUCUGGGUGGCGGUAAACGUGCCAGGGCCAGGAGGAGUUAUGUUGCCCACAGCAAUAAGGAUCAACGGAAAUGGAAAUAUUUUGAAAACUCUGCAUCUUGAGAAGUACUACAAAAAUACGCCUAUUAGUGAGUUCCAACAACGUGGCUUUGGAACAUACUAUAUUGGAUCCCGCGUGGGGAACUUUGUUGGUGUCAUAAACUAAACAAUUUUUACAUGUAUGGCACAUAUAUAUUUGGCUCUUUGGUAUGUAUGCUGGGAACCAAAGAAGUUAAAAAACCCUAUGGCAAUCUAGUAACGCUGUGUGUACUGGCUGCAGCCAUGAAAUAAA